UGGCACAUGUCAAAAACGAAUAAACAUGUUCGGCAUUGGAAAAAAACAUUAGAAUUUUAUUUUAUCUAGGAAUACUAUUACCUUUUAGUCGAUAUAAUUAAUGACCAAACUUAUUAUUACAUAAAGUAUAGAAAUAUCUGGAUAAUAGCAUCCGGGUAAAUACAUAAUGUCUCACCAACUCGGUCGAGUAGUUUCCGAGAUUCUUCUUCGAUAUUACGGUGAAAUAGUGCAGCAGGUCGGCAACGACCUAUUUGCGUAUGGAAGCCGGCCUCUCGCUGUGAUAACUCGGAGCACAGGAUUGCCUAGAUCGCAGGUUGUUGAAAGUCUCCGAACCCUAGUGAAGUAUGAUCUGGCUUCCUAUGAGCCAGCAGCUAACGAAAUUAUUGCAGACUACAAGCUCAUCCCUGAGAAUGUGCUUCUUCUCAUUAGAUAUCCUAGGUAUCUGCUGCAGAUGAAGACCAAGUACGGCAGCGAGGCGGAGCUGCUGGUGGAAGAGCUGCUGCAGCUGGCCACCGCCACGGCCCACAUGCUGCUCUUCACUAUCGCCACCAAAUACAAGGAUGAUAAGGACAAAAACAUAUCAAUAAUAACUCUUAAAGACACAUUCGUCAGCUUGGCCACAGCCGGAUACAUCCAGCAAGCUCCCGUGGCUGAGAUGAAGGAAGGUUCAGAAGUGCCGACUCUCACACCGGUGGCGACUAUAGUUCCUGAACUUGACAGUAGGGUUCUGCUGCAAGCCAUGGCUGCAGGCAGUUUAGCUGAUGUUAAUGAUAAUGUGUACUGGAAGGUGAACUACGACAGAUUUCACCUGGACUUCAGAGAUGACGUCAUGAUCAAAGCCAUCACACGACGCAUUGACGAGAAUGCGGGCGAGCUCAUGCGACUGAUGCUAGAACAAAUGUACCUCUCAUCCCCUCCCUGGGCUGCGGAGUCUAACCCUGCACCAGCCCCUGAUCUGCGCGCUUCUUGCCGCCGCAUAGACCGGCCACUGUUACAGCAACAUCUAGAACACUAUACGAGGGUAUUAGAGGAGAACGGGUGCGGGUUCAUCCGCCGCGCGGGCGACGCAGGCGGCGGCGCGUGGGUCGUGCGCGCCGCGCAGGCCGCCGAGCAACUCGCGCACGCGCUACUCGACCACGCUGUUACGGAGAGACUCGGAGACAAGGCUGCUAGGAUAUUCAGAUUAAUUCGCACUAAGAAAUACAUAGAAGAAGAAGACAUACAAAAAUACGCCAUGCUUCCCAAUAAAGAAUGUAAAGAGCUCACCUACAAACUGUUAGAGGAACACUUCAUAAGCGUACAGCCCAUGCGAAAAGCGGCAUCUGCCGGUGGCAUGGCGAAGGCGAUCUACCUUUAUCACAUCGAUUUGCAUGACGUGGCGCUAACAUGUAUGGAGAUGUGCUACCGCGCGCUCCACAACGUGAUCCGUCGCGCUUCGCACGAGCGUAGCCUGCACGCGCGGCUGUUAGACAAGCGGCGCCGCGUGCGGAGCAUAGUUCAUGGAAUGCGAGCGCGCGGUGAAUCAGAAGCCAACAUCGACGAUGUGGAGGAAACCAUAACGCCGCCGGAGCACCUGGUGCUGCAAGGCGUGGAGAAGCGGCUGAAACAGCUGAGUGUCGCGGAGCUCGAGCUGGACAAGUCGCUCUUCAUACUCAAGUGGUACCUCUCCUACUCCAACUGACACUAGUCAUGUUGUUCUAUAAGUGUCAGUGUAGCUGGGCGUUUUCCAUAAUAUCGAAUUUCACCAGAUCUGCGGGCCGAUUUUUGAAUCUCACGCGUUCGAAUUCAGAAAAUUGUCACUUAAAAUAAUAAGCCAGUCACCGUUUUCAACCGGUAUUUUAGUGACAAAAUCCCG